AUGACUGGAUUAUCUGAGCAUUUGAAAUCACAUAAUAUUAAUGUCGAGUCAACUUUAUUAAAUUUCAACACUAUAGAAGGUAAGUGUUUAGAUGCAUUACAGAAAUUUAUUUUUGAUGGAUUUGUCUGUGAUUUGGUCGAAGAUUUUCACAAAUGGAAAAGAAGUAUAGAAGAAAAAGAAAAAUCUCAAUAUGUCAAAAAUUCAUCAAGUAAAAAGAUUUUAAGUAAAGAGUAUGUAUAUUAUUUUUGCCAUCGAUCAUUUGGAUCAAGAAUUUCGAACAAUGGACGUAAGAUUACAAAAUGUGGUGGAUCUAUAAAAACUGGUUAUGUUUGUCCUUCUUACAUAAAGGUACAUAUAGAUCACAAGGAAAUUAAAGUACGUUAUUAUAGUACACACUUAUGGCACACUCAUGAUAUUGGAAAACAAAGAUUAUUUGGUGAAGAUAGGAGUAUAAUUGCAGGUAAUUUAAGUUUGGGUGUUCCUAUAAACAGAAUUUUGGAAGAUAUAAUGUCAACGAAAAUUGAAGGAGAAAUUAAAAGGAUUCAUCUGCUUGAAAAAAAAGAUUUACAUAAUAUCAGAAGAGAUUUUAAUAUAGCAUACUCUACAAAGAGACAUGAAAAUGAUUCAAUGAUUGUAAAUAUCUGGGUACAAGGGAUGAUGGAUAAAGGAGACGAAAGCCCUAUUUUAUAUUAUAAGGAACAGGGAAAAUAUGAUAAUCUUUCAUGUUUUACCAAAGCUGAUUUUUGCUUGAUUAUUAUGACUAAAUUCCAAUCAGAAUUAUUAUUAAAAUUUGGAUGUGACAAGAUAUGUAUUGACGGUACACAUGGGUUAAAUGGGUACAACUUUCAGUUAUAUUCUCUAGUAGUUGUUGACGAGUUUGGAAAUGGAUACCCUGUAGCAUUUUGUUUUUCAAACAAAUCUGAUGCUGUUCUAUAUCGACAUUAUUUUCAAUGUAUUAAAAAUGUUAUAGGCAAUAUUACACCAGCUGUUUUUAUGUCUGAUGACGAACCACCAUUUUAUAAAGCUUGGAGCGAAGUAAUGGGUGUUGCAGAUAAACAAAUUUUGUGUGCUUGGCACAUUUUAAGAAAUUGGACAAAAAGUUUAAAUAAAAUUCACAGCAAUGAUAAAAAACAUAUUGUCUUUAAAACAUUAAAGUCAUUGAUGUAUGAAACUGACGAAAACUAUUUUGGAAUUGAACUGCAGAGAGUAUUAGAUAACCUUUUAAGUGACAAAGAUACAAAAGACUUUGGAAAUUAUUUUAAAUUCACAUAAUAUGCAUCUAGAGUAGAAAAGUGGGCCUAUUUCAAUAGGAAACAUGUUGGAAUUAAUACAAACAUGUAUUUUGAAUCUUUACAUAAAAGUAUUAAACAUUACUAUUUAAAUGGUAAACAAUGUAAAAGAUUAGACCUGUCAAUUAACGCACUUAUGUCAUUAGUAAGAGAUAAAAGCUUCGAAAGGAUUAUUAAAAUUGCAAAACAAAAAAAAACUUCUAAAAUUAUUCAAAUUAUUGCAUCUCACAAAAAAUCUUCUGAAUUGACACCAAAAAUGAUAUCAGAAAUUUAUGGUUACUGGUUGGUUUAUUCUACGUCAAACUACGAUGUUGUAUAUAAAGUUGAGAAAACCAAUUUAUCAUGUAGUGAAUGUGUUUUGACUUGUGUUGAAUGCCAGAUAUGUGUUCAUACUUAUAAGUGCUCAUGCAUGAAUAAUGUAAUCUACUUUAAUAUUUGCAAGCAUAUCCAUGCAUGUGCUGAACAAAAAAAAAAUAUUUUUUUACAAUGUAAACCAGAAAGUUCAACAUCUGAAUUAGUUGUUGAUAAUGGUUUUCUACAACAAAAUGAAACUCAACCAGAAAUAGAUAAAGAUGAUGGUAAUACAGAAAUUACACACAAACUAGAGUCAAUACUUGGUAUGGUUAAUCGUACCAAGUUAAAUGACAUAGAUCAAAAAUAUAUAUUAAAACAAUGUGACAAAAUAAUUUCGAAAUUGGCCAAAAAUACAGAUUUUAAAAAUACUUCAAAUGCGGGAAAGAAGAGAAAUAUUGAUCCUCAAACCAGAUUUUUUACCAACAAAAGAAAAAGAAUUGAAUCACCUACUUUAUCAUCUACUGAAAGUAAGCAUAUUAUAGAAUCACUAAGGAAUUCUUCCAAUGAAACAUUAUUCAUAAGUAAUACACAAAUGUUUGACCACUCCUAUUUAUAA